UUUCGAUCCUGAUCGUGGAAGAGGCAGCAGUGUGAAGUUCUUUUUUAGUAUCGCGGUGUGUUUUAAAAGGUAGUUUGUCAAAAAUGUGAGAAGUUCUUUUAGGAUUAAAUUUAUUAAAAAAGUUCCUUUCCGAUAGGCAUAGCUAGUGCGGUCAGUGAAUUGUGCGGUCAGAAAUACAAAUUUGAAUUCGCUACAUUUCGUGCGAACUUGUGUGUGAAAAGAAGGUAAGAUUAAAUAAUUGAGUUGUGUGAUAAAAAGCUUCAAAGCGUCGAAUAGCCGAUCGACGGCUUCUUUUCUUUUAUUGCAAAAGUUUGGAGAUUUUCCGCCAUCCGCGUUCUAGCGACGCAUACGCUCGGCACGCCGCCCGUCUCGUUUACCACCCUGCUGACCCCACGUUCCGGCUUCGAAAGUUCCCGACGCUUUUGGCAAAAGGUCGGAAGGAAGCAGCAAAACCAUCAACGCGCUUCGUUAGAGCGACGGCCAUCUUCACCAUUGAAAAGUCGGCCGAAUUCAAUACCCGGUAGGCAAAGGCCUAGAUAGCGUCAUCAUUGCGACGCCAUUGUAGACGCCGUUCGUCGCCAUCGCUGAAUAGGUUUGCGAUAGGAAGUCGGUGCCGAAGCCGCAAUACCAGUCGGCACCCAGCUGAGAUGCAGCUCUACUAGAUCGACGCUGUUCCUGAAAUAACACAUGGGCCCAGCUACAGCAUGAUCAUGGAGCAUCAAAAUCCAAAAUCUAACGAAGAGAACAAACUUGAAGAAUCCGACGAAAACAAUAUUUCUAUCCCGUUAAAGGUAGAAGAGAUUGAAAUAAUAGACACACUGCCUGAAAUUGAGUUCGGACAGCCGAUAUCAGAUGCCGUCAGCCACCGAUGUGAACUCUGUGGCAAAGAAUUCCCAUCUACCUCUCUGCUUAGUCGUCAUCAAUGGAAUCAUCCUUACGUAUGUGAUUUCUGUGGAGGAGAAUAUUUUAAUUUCAUUGAGCUUAAAGGACACCUAUUAUAUCACAUGAAAAAAUCGCACAAAUGCGACUUAUGCGAGAAGGCAUUUUUCACAAUGACUCAGCUCAGUAGACAUAGGAAAUCUCACAUCGAUAAACCCUACGAGAACUGCACAGGUGCUUACAUAUGUGAUUUUUGUGGUAAAAAUUAUAGUACUCGCAAACAGAUUCGAGAGCAUAUGAGAUUUCACAAGGAAAAAUCUCACAAAUGUGACGUGUGUGAGAAGGCAUUUUUCACAGCCAGUGAUCUCAAAUAUCAUAGAAAACGUCACGAUAAACAAUAUAUAUGUAAAUUAUGUGGAAAGAAAUUUAUUAUGCGCGAUCAACUUAAAAGGCACAUGAAAAUUCACUCGAGUGAGAAACAUUUCAAUUGUAUAGUGUGUGGGAAAAUAUUUGCUAUGUCCUGGAAUUUCGCGGUCGAUAAUGGAAUAGAUAUGAACACAAACGAACUUUCAGCGUGUAGCAAACAUGAAUCUCUUCGCCUUAUUAGUAUAGCAUGUGGUAUAUGUGGGGAAGAAUAUCAUACAAUCGAAGAGCUAAAAGUACAUAAAAAAGCUAACCAUUCAAAAAUGUACAAAUGUGACGUAUGUGAGAAAGCAUACAGUCGAAAAUAUCGGCUCGAUGGACAUAAGAAAACUCACUCGAAUGAAAAACCAUAUGUGUGUGAAUUAUGUGAAAAGGGAUUCUACACACGUGACCAUCUCAAUACUCAUAUGUUUAUUCACUGCGAUUACAAACCUUUCAAGUGUGAAGAGUGUAAAAAAUGCUUUCAGCAGCACCGUCAACUCAUAUUACAUGAGCUUGAGCACACGAAGCUCGUAAAAUACAAAUGUGAAGUGUGUGGUAAGGGAUUCGCAUUUUUGUAUGCUUUAGAACUCCACUGGACGGUUCACACAAACGAAAAACCGCAUAAAUGUGACGUUUGUGGAAAAGGUUUUCGUCGCAAAGACCAUUUGAAAAAGCAUAUGUUUAUUCACACUAAUUAUAAACCUCACAAAUGUGAAGUGUGUGGCAAAGGAUUUUGUGUAAAAGAUGCCCUUCAAAGUCAUAAACGUGUACACGCAAAUCAUAAAACGCACAAAUGUGAAGUGUGUGGAAAAGAAUUUAGAAAUGACAGCCUCCUUCGAAACCAUAUGAAUGUUCACACAAACGAAAAACCGUACAAAUGCGAAGUAUGCGGAAUAGAAUUUCGCCUAAAGCGUGUCCUCGAAAAUCAUAUGUACUUGCACACAAAAGAAAAACCGCAAACAUGUCAACUAUGUGGGAUAGAAUUUCAUCUUAAAAGUAGCAUCGACAAGCAUGUGUGCGAUCACCCAAACGAAAAACCUCACAAAUGUGAAGUGUGUGGAAAACAAUUUCGCGAAAAAAAAGUCCUAAGAAGGCAUGAGCUUAUCCACACAACAAAUGAAAAACCACACAAAUGUGAAGUAUGUGGAAAAACGUUCCGUGAAAAGUACCUCCUCAAAACCCAUAUGUUUGUUCACACGAAUGAAAGACCCCACAAGUGCGAAGUGUGUGGAAAAAAAUUUCGUCUUAAUCAUCUCCUCGAAAAUCAUUUGUUUGUUCACACAAAAGGAAAACCGUACCAAUGUGACGUCUGUGGAAAAGAAUUUCAACAUCAACAUCACGUUAACCGUCACAAGUCACAAGUUCACUCGAAGUAAACUGACAAAAAAUUUCACUGGUUUUAUCGAAGCAAGCCAAAUCACUCAUAAAUAAUUUUUUUCUGAAAUAAAGUGCCUCACACGUGAA